AUGAGAUACAACCAGAUUAAUUCAUGCUGGACAUUACAAGAAGCAGAUUUGUGGAUGUCCAAGAAAUACAUGCCCCGUCCGCCAUAUUGUUUUGGUGAGAUUCCAGAUUAUUCUAAUCCGCCAAUGACAGUGGAGGAAUACCAGUAUUAUGAACGAGAGUUCUUUGGAUUUCUUGAAGAAAAAACAAUUUGCAAACCAGUUGAAGAGGGAGCUGGUUUAUUUCAAAGAUUCCUGCAGUUUACAGGAAUUUCAAAGGUCACCAAAUAUGAAGAUAGAGUACCAAACAUCAAGUUUGACAUCCACUAUGGAACCGGUGAUAAUUUGGACUGCUUUAUAAAAUCUGGCACAGCAACUCCUCCUCAACAAUCUACCAAAAGAGUCAAAACAGAAAAUAAAGCUACACAGACUGGCGGUGUUGCUACUUGUGAUCAGGCAGUUCAAACGGUAAGACCGAAAAGACGAGUUCUAAAAUCUGUGAGGCAUUUCUUCCGACAAUCCUUCAACUGCUUCAAAACAGAAGAUUAA